AACGUCACUUCCGCCGCUCCUGAUUCCGAUGGACGCGCAAAAGGAGGCUCUGCGUCGCAUCAUCAUCACUCUGACCAAUAAGAACCAAGAACUCAAGGACUUCCUCCGAACCCUGGAAUGGACCCGGACUGGACUACAGGAGGAGUCAUGUCGAGUGAUGUCAGAACUGGAGGAGGAGCUAGAGCAGUUAAGCUCCGCCCUGGAGGAGAGGGGGACGGAGCUCCGAGCAGCCAUUGUCCAAUCACAGCAGAGGAAAGAGGCGGAGCUGCAGGCACAGCAGGGGGAGGGGCAAAGUGCUCUGGCGUCCAGUGAGGAGCUGCUGACCUUCGCUAACUCCGCCCUCCUCAUCAGCAACGACGCCCGCUUUCUGCAGGCGGCCAAAGAGAUCAAAGAGCGCGUGACGAUGGCGUCCGCGUUCAGAAUCACCACUCGACCUUUGACCUCUCCCGACAUGUCGCAGUUUGCCGUUGACUUCAGUGCAGAGAGGGCGGGGCUUCACAGGCUCGACUUCCUGCCAGUGCCGUCAGCUCCGCGCCUUGACGUCUGCCGCUGCUUUGUCAGAGAUAAUUCCGUCUUCCUCCAAUGGAGCGCCGUCGACCAAUCAGGAGCCAGCUACGAGCUGCAGUACAGGAAGUGCGACAGUGAGGCCACGCCCCCCGCGGCUGAGGCAUGCUGGGAAAAGAUCCAGGGCAUUAGAGACACGCACAGCGCCAUCUCAGGUCUGCGGUUCGAUUCCCGCUUCCUGGAGGUCAGAGUUCGAGCUCGGAACAAAUCUGCAGCAGGAGAAUUCUCGGAGACGCUGCUCCUGGAGACGCCUGGGUUCGACUUUGGUUUGGACUCAGACUCGGCUCAUCCAGAACUCACCGUCGAGAGACACAGCGCCACCUGGGGGUCAAAGGGCAAAGGGCACGACCCUCGGAGCAAGACCAAGACCAGUGGGACGGUGUCUCCGGUUAAAUCCUCGUCUGGCCGAGGGUCGAGGGAGCGUUUUGCGGGAGAGUCGUACACUGUCCUGGGAGACCAGGAGCUCUCGGGGGGCGGGCACUACUGGGAGGUGCGGCCAAUGGGAGACUGGAAGUGCGUGUCUGUGGGCGUGGCCUAUCGCGGCGCUCUGAGCCGAUUCGUGCGGCUGGGGAAAAGCCCCGCCUCCUGGAGCCUGAGCCUGAGCCAAUGGCUGCAGCCGUCUGUUUCAGCCAAACACAACAACAAGAGCAAGAACCUCCACCCGAGCGUGCCGGCGAGGGUGGGGGUCUACUGUCACUACGGCAACGGUGACCUGCUCUUCAUCGACGUGGAGCAGAUGCGCCUCAUUCACUCGUUCAGAACAAAGUUCAACCAAUCACUCGUCCCCGCCUUCUCCGUGUGGUGUGGAGGCAUCGCCGUGGAGACGGGCCUCCAGGUCCCCAGCUUCAUCCACCACAUCCUGCUCCCAUCUGCUCCGCCCACCUCUGCUCUGCCCACCUCUGCUCCGCCCACCUCUGCUCCCCCCACCUCUGCUCCGCCCACCUCUGCUCCGCCCCCUCCUGAGGUCCAGCUCAGUCCAUCUGAUCCUGGUCCAGACCGGGGUCCUGGCUCAGACUUGGAGACACUUUAGACCCAAAGACCCCGUGUGACGUCUGGACCUCGUGUGACGUCUGGACCUCGUGUGACGUCUGGACCUCGUGUGACGUCUGGACCCCGUGUGACGUCUGGACCUCGUGUGACGUCUGGACCCCGUGUGACGUCUGGACCUCGUGUGACGUCUGGACCUCGUGUUUGUCCUGAGUCUUGGACCUGGAGCUGAACAUUUGCACAUUUCAAAAUAAAAGCACUUUAUUAUUUUAUUGUGAAAGAGCUGCUUCAUAACGAAUCUAAAGAUCGUUUUAGAUUUGAACAGGUGAUUUUUUGUCAGAGCUUUUAUUGUGAAAAUAUGAAAUGAGUGUUUUAUUUUGAAAGGUUUUUGUUUAUAAUUCAGGGACCAGACUUUUAUUGUGAAGAGCCAGUGUGAGUCCUUUUGUAUCUGUCACAUUUUAAACAUGAUUCAAACUUAAAAUAAUGAAUAU